UCCACCAAGAGGUUUGAAGAUGGCAUCUACAUUUGUGGGGAACUCCACUUCAAUCCAGGAGAUGUUCAGGAGGGUGAGCGAGCAGUUCACAGCCAUGUUUAGGUGCAAGUCUUUCUUGCACAGGUAUACUGGGGAAGGAAUGGAUGAGAUGGAAUUCAUGGAAGUAGAGAGCAACAUGAAUGAUUUGGUGUCAGAAUACCAGCAAUACCAGGAUGCAACUGCUAAUGACGAGGGUGAGUAUGAGGAAGGCGCAGAAGAGAAUUAUGAGGCCUAAAGGCCUUAAAGCCUAAAUAAGAUUUUGGAAGAUGAGCACCUAAGCUUUGCCCAUUUAUCUGCUACUACUAUAUGUGGCUUUUAUAGUUUUAGAUUUAUUUCCAUUUUGCUUGCAGCUUGUUUGUAUCAUCACUUGGUUUGAAUCUUCUC